ACAUAUUUAAAUCCUCACUCUCACUCUCAGUCUCAGAGCCCCAAACCAAAAGACACACACUCUCACUCUCUCACUCUCACAGCUUCGAAAAAUGUCAUUGUCGCCGUCAAUGGAGUCGCUGAUCCUCCAACUCCACGAGAUCUCCGCCGUGAAGUUUGGCAGCUUCAAGCUCAAAUCCGGAAUUACAUCCCCAAUCUACAUCGACCUCCGCCUCAUCGUCUCCUUCCCUUCUCUCCUCUCCCAAAUCUCCCAAACCCUAAUCUCCUCCCUCCCUCCGACCACCGCCUACGACGUCGUCUGCGGCGUCCCCUACACCGCCCUCCCGAUCGCCACCUGCGUCUCCGUCUCCCGCCAGGUACCAAUGCUUAUGCGCCGCAAGGAAAUCAAGGACUACGGCACCUCCAAGUCCAUCGAGGGUGUUUUCGCCAAGGACCAGACCUGCCUCAUCAUCGAGGACCUCGUUACCAGCGGCACGUCGGUGUUGGAAACGGCGGCGCCGUUACGCGCCGCCGGUUUGGUGGUCCGCGACGCGGUGGUGUUGAUCGAUCGGGAGCAAGGAGGGAGGGAGAAUUUGGAGGAGAACGGGAUUAAAUUGCAUUCGAUGUUCAAGUUGACGGAGAUGGUUAGGGUUUUGAGGGAGAAAGGGAAGGUGGAGGAGGAGAUGGAGAAGACGGUGGCUAGGUUUUUGGAGGAGAAUCGGCAUGUGGCGGUGAAGGCGGUGGAGAGGCCGGUUAGGGUUAAGGGAUUGGAGUUCGGAGAGAGAGCGAAGCUGACGAAGAAUGCGACGGGGAAGAGGUUGUUCGAGGUGAUGGUGCAGAAGGAGAGUAAUCUGUGUUUGGCUGCCGAUGUUGGAACUGCCAAGGAGUUGUUGGAUUUGGCUGAGAAGGUUGGCCCGGAGAUAUGCAUGUUGAAAACCCAUGUUGAUAUAUUGCCUGACUUCACCCCAGAUUUUGGUUCUAAACUUCGCUCGAUUGCCGAUAAAUACAAUUUCUUGAUCUUUGAAGAUCGUAAAUUUGCAGACAUUGGUAACACAGUGACAAUGCAGUAUGAAGGAGGUAUCUUCCAUAUAUUGGAUUGGGCUGAUAUAGUUAAUGCUCACAUAAUCUCUGGUCCUGGAAUCGUAGAUGGACUGAAGUUGAAGGGUUUGCCUCGUGGAAGGGGCCUGUUGUUGCUUGCUGAAAUGAGCUCUGCUGGUAACCUUGCCACAGGAGAUUACACUGCUGCAGCAGUAAAAAUUGCAGAGGAUCACUCUGAUUUUGUUAUUGGCUUCAUCUCAGUUAACCCAGCAUCAUGGCCAGGGGCACCUGUAAAUCCAGCACUCAUUCAGGCAACCCCUGGAGUCCAAAUGGUAGCUGGUGGUGAUGCACUUGGCCAGCAAUACAACACUCCAUAUUCUGUCAUCUAUGACAGAGGUAGUGACAUAAUAAUUGUGGGUCGAGGAAUAAUAAAGGCAGCAGACCCUGCACAGGCUGCUCGUGAAUACCGUCUACAAGGAUGGGAUGCAUACUUGGCUAAAUGCAUCUAACUUUAUUUAAAUCUGCUCCCAUGGUUUGCUUAUGCUAGUAUGUUUUGCUCAUUGAUGGAUGAGUAAAAUUUUUGUCUAAUUUAAUGCAUGGAUUGUGCAAUAAGUUAUAUGAAAGACCUGAAGCUUGCAAGGUAUUCUCAAAACAUUAUACGUUUAAGUGCCAUAAUUUUGUUCUGCUUGAUA